AACUAUGUGCACACAUUCCAACAUCCCAAGUAUCCCUUCAAAUUCCCCUAUUCUCAUACUCAACACCCAAGUCUGUUACAUUUUCUCACCCAGAGGCAAGAACAAAGAAAAGCACAGUAAGAAUAUCCAUGGCAUCAAUAGGACCUGCAACAACAACAGCAGUUAAACUGCGCAGCUCAACUUUGAACCCCCACUCAUCAACUCUCUCUCCAUCUCAACAAUGCAUCACUUUUACAAAGUCUCUUCACUCAUUUCCCUACUUAGGUAGCACCAGCAGCACCAGCAGAAGGGGCCACGUUGCAGACAGCAGCAGGUGUAUGGCUGCAGGAGCAGCAGCAGCAGAGGCCACAGAAGCAAAGAAGAAAAGUAGGAGCAAGUUUGAGAUUCAGACGCUCACCAACUGGCUGCUUAAACAGGAACAAGCUGGGAUCAUUGACGCCGAGCUAACUAUCGUCCUCUCCAGCAUCUCCAUGGCUUGUAAACAAAUCGCUUCCUUAGUUCAACGAGCUGGUAUUUCUGACCUCACUGGAGGUCAAGGUGCGGUCAACAUCCAAGGAGAGGAUCAAAAGAAGCUUGAUGUUGUCUCCAAUGAGGUGUUUUCGAACUGCUUAAGAUCGAGUGGCCGGACAGGGAUAAUUGCUUCAGAGGAAGAGGACGUACCAGUUGCAGUGGAAGAAAGCUACUCUGGCAACUACAUUGUUGUUUUUGAUCCACUUGACGGCUCAUCAAACAUUGAUGCAGCUGUCUCCACUGGUUCAAUCUUUGGCAUUUAUAGCCCCAAUGAUGAGUGUAUUGUUGACACUGAUGACGAUGCUGAGCUAAGCGCAGAAGAGCAGAGGUGCGUAGUUAAUGUUUGCCAGCCAGGGGAUAAUCUUUUAGCUGCUGGAUAUUGUAUGUACUCGAGCUCGGUGAUCUUUGUAUUGACAAUAGGAAGAGGGGUCUAUGCAUUCACAUUAGAUCCCAUGUAUGGUGAAUUUGUAUUAACCACAGAAGACAUCAAGAUACCCAAAGCUGGAAAAAUAUAUUCUUUUAAUGAAGGUAAUUACCAAAUGUGGGAUGACAAAUUGAAGAAGUACAUUGAUGACCUUAAAGAUCCUGGACCAAGUGGAAAGCCUUACUCUGCUCGAUACAUUGGAAGUUUAGUCGGGGAUUUUCAUCGGACACUCCUAUAUGGCGGCAUUUAUGGCUACCCGAGAGAUCGAAAGAGCAAGAAUGGAAAAUUAAGGCUCUUAUAUGAAUGUGCACCAAUGAGCUUUAUAGUGGAGCAAGCCGGUGGGAAAGGGUCUGAUGGCCAUCAAAGAAUUCUGGACAUUCAACCAAAUGAGAUACAUCAGCGGGUACCACUCUACAUUGGGAGUCAGGAGGAAGUAGAUAAGUUAGAGAAAUAUUUAGCAUAAUUGUGCAUUUGAUAAACAAACAUGGGAAGUUUGCUUACAAAAUGGUUGCUCUUGAGUCAAUGAUUUUGUUUGGGAAAAUAUAUAAUGUCUAGUUGAUAGAAGCUUGGCAGGGCAAAGAAAAGUCACAUUUGUAAUUUACAUUCGAAUUGUAUUUUGACUUCGUUCCAUCAUCAGUGUUGUGUUGCCUA